UUUCCUUCUGAUUACCGAAAUAUGUGUGAAUUGUAUGAAAUCACCAGCUAAUUUUAACGUUAUCAAUUCCGAAUUAGUUUAUGAUUUCGCAAAAAGCUGCGAAUAUGUUACUGUCAGGAGAUAAGCAGAAUAAAUCAGACAUAAAAGGAGUCAUCAUCCGUCCAAACGUUCAUUCAAUCGGCGACUACACUAUUAUUAGAUAAAGCGAUAAAGUGAACAUGUCAAGUGGAACAAAGCCGAAUUACGUGAUUUUUGACACGGAUAUGGGAUCCGAUGAUGCCUGGGCAUUGCAAAUGAUUCUAAAGGCGGAGAAAGUACUGAAGAGCGUCAAAGUGCUUGCAAUUACCACGGUCAAUGGGAAUACAACAAAUGAAAAUGUCAUCAAGAAUACGUAUCGAAUUUUGGAUGGUUUUGACCGAACUGAUAUUCCGAUUUACAAAGGUGCAGAUGAAGCACUCAUUCCCGGUGAUAUCAAAAGGGGUUCUCACGGUGCCAAUGGGUUUGCGGAUGUUGAAUUUUGGGAUCUCGAUAAAUACCCAAGCGAUAUAAACACGCUGAUCCAACGUAAGAGAGCUAUUGAAAUUAUCCGGGAUCUGGUAAUGGAGCAUCCGAACGAAAUUACGCUUAUUUGCGUUGGACCUUUGACGAACAUUGCAUUAGCUAUCAAAUCAUUCUCUGAGAUUAAAACGAAUAUUAAGGAAGCCAUGGUUCUGGGCGGCAACCAUCAAGGUAUCGGAAGCAUCAAACCAUGUGCCGAUUUCAAUUUUUAUAUGGAUCCAGAAGCAGCGCACAUCGUACUAAAUUCACUCACCUGUCCAAUUACAACGCUCCCGUUAGAAUGUGGCCUGGUACAAAAUCUGAACAUUCCCUUGGAUUGGAGAUUCAACGUUCUGGCUAAUGUAAAUGCUAAUGACAAAAACCUAACGUUACUCAAUGAAAUUGAACGAAUCCGUUUUCGUGGUCGCCUCUCCUAUGUACCGUACGAUGCUCUAUUGACCGCAGUCUUCUUAUUCCCUGAGAGGUGUAUUCGAACUAAAAAUCAGUGCAAUGCCACCGUUGAAUUGCACGGUUCACAUACACGCGGACAAACAGUUAUUGAUCGUCGUAAUUCCAAUUACAACGUAACAAUCAUCGAACAAGUGUAUGAAGAAGAGUUCAAAAAUAGUCUCGUGUGGACCGUUUCGGAAUAGGACCUUCCAUAAUAAUAUUUUUCAAUGUUAAAUAAUGCACUGAACAAUCCCUGAAAAAUAAAUGGUGAUGAAAU